UCGGGAUUUUUAAUCGGAGGAGGAACUCUUUCUUAUUAUUAUCUGGUAACGAGUAAAGAAGUGAUAAGAGAUGAUGAAAUCAUGAGAAAUUGUCACUUACAUUUUCGAAGUUCAGUGAAAUCCCUAAAGAAGAUAACAGAUAUUGAAUUGCACGAAAUUGCACCGGAUUUCAGACGUUGCGAGUCUAAAGGCGACACUCCUGGGAUGAUCCUCAUCCACCUGAGAAGUGAAAGUGAAAAAUUCCGAAAAUACCUAGAAGGAAGAGCUUUUAGCGUUGUGGAGGAGGACUUACAAAAUGAUGAAAAAUUGUGUUGUGUUUUUGUGGAGGCUUCACGGGAAUGUUUUGUGAAAAGGUUACCUAUUUAUCGAGAUGACUCAGGAAAGUAUAAGGACGAAGGAAGUGGUGGUUGUUACACUUCAUACAGGUCAUUUACCCAAAUUUCGACACGUAAACCUCUUGGUGGUGCCAUCAUCCUUGAAGAAGACCCAGGCAAUGAUAAAUGUGUUGGAAUGAUAGAUUUCAAACACGAUGAAACAAAGACCCUAUCGCCUCUUUUGCUCUCAUCUGUUCUUCAGCCCAAAGGAAGGGCACCAGAACCAGCAGGAGAAGGACAACUGCAGCCUCAAAGGAAUCCAGCACAGGUGGAGGGGAACAUCAAUGAACAGGGGAACGAGAACAAGACUGGAGGAGAAAGAGCACAGCGUGCAGGACAAGGAGAAGGAAGAGGAGAGGAAGAAGGGGCAGUUGGAGGGGGAAAUAAUUGUUCAGAACAAGGGUCGCUCCAAACACUUAUAAAGCAUGGUGGAACCUUUGUAACUGGUGAUUCACCGACGAUAGAAGCUCCUGAUCCUCUACGAGGUGACGUAUCACCAGAGGAAAGACCAGCGGAAGAACUGAGAUCAAUUUCUCCCCAUGAGAAAUCUCCUGUUCGUAGAAAAAUGAGCCGGUUCAGAGAAAUAUUGAUAGGAAAGAAACGAAGGAAACGUUCGCCCGAAAAGGACGAGGGUCAACCUGAAGAGGGAUAAAUAUAACGUGAUACUUGUGGGAAACCUGCAGUUCAAAAUACUUCUGGCUCAAUGCACACAUCAGCUAGAAGAUGCCAACUAUUAUAUUCUUAGAUCCCCGCUAGGUUAUUGUAAAUCUACCCUAUAUGACGAAUUGUUGCGAAUCUUAAAUAUGGAAACGUUAGACCAGAGAAGGAAACAAAAAUCCCUCAUUCUGUUAUUUGAAUGCUUGCAUAAUGACUGUCCCAAGUAUAUCAUAGAUUUUUUUUUAGUCUUAGGGAAACUAUAAACAAUCUGAGAGGAACCGGCAUUAAUUUGUGUGCACCUAAAUUUAAUUUAAAUUUUAUGAAAAAAUCUUUCACUUAGAUGUGUGCGUAGCUGUGGAAUGGACUACCUACACGUGUAAAACUGGCCAAUAAUAUUCACCUUUUUAAGAAGCUAUUGCGAACAUUGAAACGUUAGCUGCUUUACCAUUUUAUACCUGCUUUUAAGAGACUCUGAAUUUCAUUGUAAAAACUUAAUUGUAAUGUUAAUUUUAAAUUAUUUAAGUUAUUGCUUCACAUUUUAUACCUGUAGUUAAGAGACUCUGAAUUUUAUUGUUCAAACUUAAAUUUUAAUGUUAAUUUUAAGUUAUUGCAAUUUCUAACUUAUUAAGCCUUGACAGUAUGUAAUAGGUUUUUAGAUUCUUAAUCUUAGAGGAACGCACGUAUUUUGAACGAGAUCCACGAGCCUCUUGACGCUACGUGGGUAAAUAGAGUAUUGAUUGAUUGAUUGAGGUAUCAUAAUUCAAUGUUGUAAACUGUCUAUCGAGAGUAGAUUUAUUCAAAAUAUGUAUUUAAUCUUACGGUCCUUCUGAUGACUUGCAAUUUAAAAGUUUAAUCACAAUUGUCUUCAAUCGUUCCUUGUAGAAACAAUUACUCCUUGGCUACAGUAGUUUAACUCUAACUGCGUACCUGAAAGAGGUCAAAAUUAAAUUUCUAUAACUUGCGAGCAGGUGAUCGCUUCGGCCCAACCCCAGGGGGUCUAGUACUAAUGAUUAGUACCAGAUCCCCGCUGAACCCCACUCAGACUCGUCUCAAAUCUUCCAAGAUGUAGAGAAACACGCCUCUUGCAGUGCCACGAUGAUAAUCAGGGCCUGCUCGAGGGCUAAAUUUUUCCGAAGAUGGUACAGACUCAGAAAUAGUGAUGUGUGUUCUCUAACCUACAGAUAAAAAGAGAAAGAGUUACUGUAAUCCUUUGAUAUCUUGUCCCCAGGGAUUUUUUUUGAAAAUGAUUUAUUCUUUAUUUCGUGCAGA